AUGCCUCUCGGGGCAUCUGAGAAUGAUUCGAGCCGUAUGAAGGGAAACUCCCACGUACAUGAAAAAGUGAAGUGGUGGGCCUACCCAUCCCAACCUGGGGUAUGCUGGGAUUCGCGAAGAGCGGCACCUUACGAUGUUCAUGACCAAUCGGAUCUUGACGUACCAGUAGGUACCAGAGGAGAUCGCUAUGAUCGUUACUGUAUCCGUAUCGAAGAGAUGCGACAAAGUGUUCGGAUCAUUGUGCAAUGUCCUAAUCAAAUGCCUAGUGGCAUGAUCAAAGCCGAUGAUCGUAAGCUAUGUCCUCCAUCACGAUCUCGAAUGAAACUAUCCAUGGAAUCCUCAAUUCACCAUUUCGAACUUUAUACAGAAGGUUUUUCCGUACCAGCUCCUUCUACCUAUACCGCAGUUGAAGCACCUAAAGGUGAAUUUGGUGUCUUUCUUGUCAGUAAUGGGAGUAAUCGUCCCUACCGUUGUAAAAUAAGAGCACCUGGCUUUGCCCAUUCACAAGGACUCGAUUCUAUGUCCAAACAUCACAUGCCAGCAGAUGUAGUCACCAUCAUAGGUACUCAAGAUAUUGUGUUUGGAGAGGUAGAUAGAUAGGACGUAGUCUUGCUCGAUCAGGACCCUAGCUUUAUU